AUGUCAACCAUGGAGAGUCUGUGGUCAAACUCAGUCAAAAGUCUUCUCAUCUUCCUUCUGUGUCUCCUGCUUCUGCAUCACCCUUCACUGUCUUACUCCCUGAAAAACUGCACCUUUAAUUUUACUGAGGGAACUUUGGCUGAAGUUCAUCUGGAUUGCUCAAAGCGCCAACUUGUCUCUGUUCCUGAUGACAUCCCCAGAGAUGCUAACUCACUAACUCUCUAUGACAAUCAGAUCAAACAGAUCCAAAGAGGUGAUUUUGGGAACCUCUCACAGUUAAGUUUGCUGAACCUAGAUAGGAAUUUGAUUGCUCAUGUAGAUGAUGGAUCUUUCAUGUACUUGAUGUCAUUGACAGAACUCCAUAUGGUGGAUAAUUAUCUCACACAUCUGACAGGAAACAUCUUUCAGGGACUGUCAAACCUCACUUUGUUGGACCUUGAUGACAACAACAUUACUUUUAUUCAUGACUCGGCCUUUCACUUCCUGACCCGCCUACAAACUGUCAUUCUAGACUCCAACAGGUUACAAACUGUGAGUGACAUACAGCCGAUUCUGAAUCUACCACAGCUACAGAAACUGAGCAUUAAAUAUAAUCUGUUCUCCACCUUUGAGUCAAAAGAUCUGAAUCUGAACGUGUCCUCAAGCCUGAGAGAGUUAGAUGUUGAAGGUAAUAACCUCAGAAGAUUCAGCAUCACUACGCCUAUCUUCCCUCAUCUUCAGGAAAUCAACCUUUGCCCAUGUGGUCAGUCCUCUCCAUUUCAAUGGGACAUCCCUGAUAAGUCUUUACUGAGGAACAUAACUCGAAUGGAUUUAAGUCACUCAUAUGCUUUUGAAAACAUUGAAAAAGUCCUGCAGAGUCUCGACUCACUGCAACGAUUAAAACUUAAUUUCAUGGAGAGAUGGAUAGAAAAGGGUCUUUUAGCAACAGUCUGUAAAAUACCAACACUUCAGAGCCUGGAUCUGUCGUUCAAUCUUGAUCCAAACUUAAGUGCCACACUUGGAGCUUGCUCUCAGCUUAAGGAGCUUUACCUGACUAGUACUGGUAUAUCUAAGAUACCAAAAGGCUCAAUGGCAAUGAUGAAGCAACUAAGGUCUUUAGAUCUUUCCUUAAAUAUUCUCACCAAGGUGCCAGAAGACAUCAGAAGCCUCUCCUCCCUCAGGGUCCUAACUUUUGAAUUCAACCAAAUCUCUGAGUUGAGCUGUGAGGAUUUCAAAAACACAUCCAGUCUCAGGGAGCUCUUACUGAACAACAACCGAAUUGUGAAACUUGACAGGUGCAUCUUCCUAAAUCUUUACAGUCUUGAGGUUUUAGAUUUGAGCUGGAACCAGAUAUGGACAUUAGGAGGUGCCUUCAAAAUAGGCCCACCAAACCUUGAGAUCUUGAAUUUGAGGAAUCACCUUGUUGUUAGUAUUGACAAGGGUGAUUUUGAGGGUUUAGGGUCACUAAAACAGUUAGAUUUGAGAACUCAUGAAAUUACAAGGGUAGACCUUGGAGCAUUUGAUGGUUUACACAAAGUUACAAGUCUUUCCGUGUCUCUUCAAAGUUAUUUUGAUUGCACCUUCCGUGCGUUACGCCAAAUCACAAAUCUUACAAUCACUUUCCCUUUUCCUAACAUUUUACAAAGUCAUCAUCAAAACUUAAAUAAAUCUGUCUUUGACUUAAAAUCACUAAAAAGGCUCGAAAUGAUUUGCUCAGAUGAUCACCAAGGAUUUGGCAUUCAUUCACAUGUAGACAUGAUAAAGUCUGCAAAACUUUUAGAGGAAUUCACAGCUGAGAAUUUAUAUCCUUGGACACCAAAUAAUGAUACAUUCCAGUUCAACUCCAAGCUGCGAAGUUUGAGGAUCACACAGAAUGAGUUGUCUGAUUUGGGUCCUGAUGUGUUCUGGCCAAUCCCAAACCUGGAAGUACUGGACCUUUCUGGGAAUAAUCUCAAGUCGUUCGAUUUUUUGGCCCAGGCCAACCUGUCUGCACUCAAAUAUUUGUUUCUCAGUGACAAUGGUAUAACAUUAAUCAGUGAAACCAUCUUCCAGUCUCUUCCUGCUCUUAUUUACCUCGACCUGAGCAACAACCCUUUCACAUGUGACUGCUCUAAUGCUGGCUUCAUCCAAUGGGUGAAGAGCAACAACCAAACUCAGGUAGAUGGCGCCCAUGACUACAUCUGUUUCUUCCCUCUGAUCAAACAGGGAACCAAGGUGUUGGACUUUGAUGUCCAGUCCUGUUGGAUGGACGUUGGCUUCCUCUGCUAUAUCUCCAGCUCUUGUCUGGUGGUGUUAACUCUCCUCACCUCUUUCAUCUACCACUUCCUGAGGUGGCAGAUGGUCUAUGCCUUCCUCCUCUUCCAGGCCUUCCUUUAUGACAGCAGGAAGAGGAGGAAAGAAGCUCCUCACCUCUACGAUGCCUUCAUCUCCUACAAUGUUGAGGAUGAGGCCUGGGUCUACAGAGAGAUGCUUCCAGUGCUGGAGGGAGAGCAGGGCUGGAGACUGUGUCUGCACCACAGAGACUUCCAACCAGGUAAACCUAUCAUAGAGAACAUCACAGACGCCAUCUACAGCAGCAGGAAGACCAUCUGUGUGAUCAGCCGGAGCUACCUGCAGAGCGAGUGGUGCUCCAGAGAGAUCCAGAUGGCCAGUUUCCGUCUGUUUGAUGAGAAGAAGGACGUGUUGAUCCUGCUGUUUCUGGAGGAGAUCCCCUCUCAUCAGCUGUCUCCGUACCACCGCAUGAGGAAGCUGGUGAAGAAACGCACCUACCUGUGCUGGCCGCAGGCUGGACGACACAAGGGAGUCUUCUGGCAGAACGUCCGGAGGGCUCUGGAGACGGGAGAGUCCACCAGAGAUAUGAAUCUUCUGACUGGACCAGAGGGAUGCUGA